AUGGGGUCCUUUGUCCUCGGCAUCAUUAGAUGCUUGGCGGCCCUGCCGAGCCACACCGCAGAAGGCGCUUUAAAUGUUUGCCCCGGGAGCGGGGCGGCCUCAGUGCGCGGGGAGCGCCGCGGGAUGGAGAAGGGGCCCUUCUCAGUGGAGUGGCUGGCCCAGAGCAGCCGCGCCGCAGCCACCGGCCGGCCCCGCUCCCCGCCGGGGGACGCCGGCAGCCCCGAGAGCCCGCCGGACCGCGCCGCGCGCCGGGACCGGGAUGCCGCGCACCGCAGCAGCCCCGGGCGCGACGCGGAGGCGGGCGGCGGCCCCGCGCCCGGGCGACCCCGCACCAAGUUCUCGUCCGCGCAGCUGCAGGAGCUGGAGCGGAGCUUCCGCGAGCAGCGCUACAUCGGCGCCAGCGAGAAGCAGCGCCUGGCCGCCGCCCUGAACCUCUCCCAGAGCCAGAUAAAAACCUGGUUCCAGAAUCGUCGUAUGAAGUUUAAACGUCAGACUCAAGAUGCAAGGGUGGAAGCUCUUUUCUCAGGCUUAUUUUUGCCCUAUCGUUGUUGCCCAAAUACUGCUACAUCCAGAUAUUCUCAUGGGAUGGACAUCAAUGUCUCUUCUACCUCUGCUGCUUCCCUUCACCCAGCUGUGACAAGCCCUGCCUUGUUGUUACCUUCUGUUCCAGCUCAGUCCCUUCAGCCAGUUUUGCCAAGUCCAGCUUUACUGUUGUCUCCCAGCCCAGGAUUAUCUUCUUACUCUUCUGUAAUCCCAGCAAUGACUAACCGAUGA